AUGUACGAGCCUGCGUCACCGUCGGGCAAACUAGGCCAACAUUACCAGCAAGACGAUGUAAGCGAGGCACGAAGUGGCCAUGUCGCCAAGCCUCGCUUCACCACCAAACACUGCAAGCGUCCUUCAUCGGAUCACUCCACAGAUGGAGGAAAAUUGAGCUGCCUCACACCCUUUCUUGGUGACACCAUUGUCUUCAUCUUGGCAAGUCGUCGCGGGUGA